AUGUAUGUGAAGUGUAACUCUCUACUCAAUGCAUCUCUAGUGUUCGAUAACAUGCAUCAAAGAAACCCAAUAGUGAACUCAGCCAUGAUAGCUGGUUAUUCAAAGCACAAGAGGUUCGAAGAUGCACAAAAAACUUUCGAUGGGAUUACGGAGAGAAAUAUAAAAUGUUGGAAUGCCAUGAUUUCUGCGUAUUCUCUGAACCAAAACUACCAUGAAGGGCUAGCACUUUUCAGGGAGUUGCAGGCUUCUAGAUUGGACCCAGAUGAGUUUACUGUCUCUAAUGUCCUAACCAUCUCUGCAAAUCUCAAUGCACUAGAGGAAGGCAAGCAAAUUCAUGGUUUUAUAGUCAAAAAAGGGUUUGUUUUAGACGUAACAGUCAGUAAUUCUCUGAUCAAUAUGUAUUCAAAAUGUGCGUGCAUGGAUGAUGCUGAACGAGUCUUUGAAGCGAUAACACAGAGAGACGUGUAUUCAUGGACAGCAAUGGUUUCAGGUUAUGCCCAAAAUGGCAAAACAGAAGCAGCCAUGAAACUUUUCAAUGAGAUGCCUCAGAGAAAUGUGGUCUCAUGGAAUGCCAUGAUAGGGGGGUACCAACAAGAAGGAGAUAACAUCAGUGCUUUGGCCAAGUUUGUCAAGAUGCUUAAAGAAAGAGAAAAACCAAACCAGUCAAGCUUUGUGUCUGUUCUCAAGGCAUGUGCAGGCCUUCAGACCAUUGAGACAGGCAAACAAAUCCAAUCAUAUCUGAUAAAAUCUGGAACAGAGGCUGAUGCGCACGUAGGGACUGCCAUUAUUGAAAUGCAUGCUAAAUUUGGCGAUAUCAUUAGCGCCCACAAAUCUUUCGAAGCCUCUGAGCAUAAUGUGGUCUCGUGGUCAGUUUUAGUAGGGGCUUACACUCAGAAUGGAUACAUCACAGAGGCAGCUUCUCUAUUUCAAGAGAUGCCUAAGAAAAAUGUAAUUUCAUAUAACAUUAUGGUCUCUGCAUAUGUGCAGAAUGAGCUCAAAACUGAAGCUUUCUCUCUAUUAUCCGAUAUGAUAAAGGCUGGAGUAAGGCCCAAUGAGCACACAUUAUCAAGCCUCCUAAACAGCUGUUCAGGUAAGAACAAAACUGGGUUUGGGCUUCAUGGGUUUGCAAUUAAGAUGGGUUUUGAGGUAGAUAUAUCUAUUGGAAAUUGCCUAGUCACCAUGUAUGGUGAGCAACGAUGCAUGAACAAUGCAUACAUGGUGUUUCAGAGCAUGCCUCGACAUGAUGUGGUCUCUUGGACAGCCAUGGUUUCAGCUUACUUAACAAAUCAGAGGAUAGAAGAAGCUCGCCAGACCUUCGAAAGCAUGCCCCAACAAAACCUAAUCUCUUGGAACACUAUGAUAUCAGGAUAUCUUCAAGCUGGAAAGAUAACAGUGGACCCAAUGUCAGAGACCAGCAUAACUGUAACUUAUACAAAAGACCCAUUAUCAGGGGCUGAAGAUGCCCUAACCCUAUUCUACAAGAUGGAGCAGUCAGGUAUUAGACCAGACAACUUCACCUAUAACUGUGCUCUCACUGCAUGUGCAGCCAUUGGGGCAUUGCAUCAAGCCUCAACCAUACACGCAAUCACCAUACAUAGAGCAUACGACUCAGACAAAGGGGUCACCAAUGCUCUAAUGGCAGCCUACAGUAAAUGUGGAAGUCUGCAAAAUGCAGAACAAAUCUUCAAUAAUUUGGAGGAACCCGAUACGAUAUCAUGGAACACACUGAUUACAGGGUAUGCUCAGAAUGGGCAAGGAAACCAUGUAUUGGAAUUCUUUAAUGAGAUGCUUAAAUCAGGUAUUGAACCCAAUCACGUAACCUAUGUGAGUAUCCUCUCAGCUUGUAGUUAUAUUGGAGAAGUUGAAAAAGGUCGAGAAUACUUCGAGUCAAUGAGCAGAGACCAUGGCUUAAACCCUAGAAGAGACCACUAUGCUUGCAUGGUUGACCUUCUUGGACGAGCAGGCCAUUUGAAAGAUGCCAUGACAUUGAUCAAAGACAUGCCCUUUGAACCAGAUUCUGUUGUGUGGGGAGCAUUGCUUGGAGCCUGUCAACUCCAUAGUGAUCCAGAGCUUGGAAGACAAGCAGCUGAGAAAAUACUUGAAUUGAAUCCCGAUAGCUCUGGGACCUAUGCAACUCUCUCUAAUAUAUUUGCAGGAGCUGGCAUGUGGGAAGACGCAGCAAGAGUUAGGACAGCAAUGAAGGGGCAACAAUUGCAGAAGAAGCCAGGGUGUAGUUGGAUUGAGAUUCGAGGGUACAAACAACUGUUUUUAGCUGGAGAUAGAUCUCACCCACAAAGAGACUCUAUCCUUGCAGCACUAUCGGAUCUUUAUAUUAAUAUUAAGGAAGAGGGGUAUGCGCCAGAGCUAGGUUUUUGUGUAAUUGAUAUGGAUUCAGAUGAAUAUUUGACUUACUAG